AUGGGUCGUCCAAAGAGAGUCCUCUCCUUCAUGUCGCAAUGGGGCGGCAAUGCCCAUGCACACAAGAAUCCCCCGUCGGCUGGAGCCUCGCCUGGCCCAGCAUCUCCUGCCCCCGCAUCGCCUACCACGAAGCAACCGCCGGCCUCUGCCUCCUAUAACCACUCAGCCACCGCUCCAGACUCCUUCUCGCCCCAGUCACACUCGCGCUCGCAGUCAUUCCAGCGCGAACGCUCCGAUUCGCGGGCCUCGCAGCGCCCCAUGUCCAUGAUUCAAACCUAUCAGCCUCCCGUCAUGGAGGUCAGCCAGGACACCCUGCCAGAACUCCAGCGCAUCUUCACCUUUCUCAACAGCCACUCGAACAAGCUGUACCAGGAGGGCUACUUUCUCAAGUUCCACGAUAGCGACACACGUGGCCGGCCUGCGCCGGAUCGAAAAUGGCAAGAAUACUUCGUUCAGCUCGUAGGCACCAUUCUUUCGCUGUGGGACGCAAGUGCACUAGACCAGGCUGGUGGUGACGCUGAAGUGCUGCCCAGCUUUAUCAAUCUGACCGACGCUGCAAUUCACAUGGUCCCUUCGAUGACGCUCAAGGAUGGCAAGAAACUCGACAACAUUCUCAGUGUGUCGACGGCCGCAAGCAACAAGUACCUUUUCCACUUCGACUCCUAUCAUGCGCUCUCCCAGUGGACGGCUGGCAUUCGCCUCGCCAUGUACGAACAUACGACGCUGCAAGAAGCCUACACAGGGGCCCUGAUUGCCGGCAAGGGAAAAUCACUGAACAACAUUCGCAGCAUCUUGGACCGCCAAUGUCACAAGUAUGAAGAUUGGGUCCGUGUUCGGUUUGGCGCAGGAACGCCCUGGCGCCGUUGCUGGUGCGUCGUAUCUCCACCAGAUCAAAAGGAGUACAUGAAGCUGCAGAAGACGCAGAAGAAGGCCAAUGUCUAUGAACGUCCUACCGUCCUCAAGGGCGACAUGAAGUUUUACGACACAAAAAAGGUCACCAAGAAGACAAAGCCCAUUGCAACGGUAACGGAGGCAUACUCUUGCUACGCAAUCUACCCACAGUCGAAGCCGCUAAUCGAUCAAUCCACCCUGGUGAAAAUCGAGGGCAAGAUCACGGUGCACUCGAACCCGGAAAGCACGACAGAAGGAUUCGUCUUUGUCAUGCCCGAGGCACGUCCAGCCGUGUCAGGUUUCGAGAUUAUGCUCCAGUUCCUCUUCCCCGUAUUCGACACUUUCAACCUCUAUGGACGGCCGAAGAAGCUCAUUGCGGAUGUUCUGGAUGCUCGCGGUCUGAUGUUUGCAAUGCCAUCUGACCGACGCUAUGGCUACCUGGAACUGUGGGAUGUCGUAGGCUUGAUCAAUACAGAAGGGAGCGCGAACUGGUCGGAGCGUCAAUGGAGGAAGCAGCUCAAGGAUCUGACUUCCACCCGCAUGGCAAUUGGUCCGGCUGACACGGAUUCCGUGUACAGUAGGGCAAGCCGAAGGAACACGAUCAGUCGCGCAGGCUUGAAUUCGACUAGGACCACAAGAUUCGAAGAUCGCGGCUCUAUCCGCUCGAAUCCUUCCACACGCCAAUCCUCUCCUACCAGACAGGCCCAGUUCGAUCUGGAAGUCCCAGGCCCACGACGCGUCGGCACAGCACCUGCAGCCUCGCCAUUUGCUAACCCUAAGCAUCAACGUUCGGUGUCGGAGCAGAUCAAUGGCCAACAUCAGUAUCAAACCGCAGCUUCGAGACGCGCACAAAACCAAGUGGUCUAUGAAGAUGACCGUGCGCCGACACCACCUCCACAUGGAACCUACAACGAAGCCAAUAAUCGCUCGUCUGCAUCCUAUGAGCCGUACGAGAAUGAUGAGAGUCCCGCCCACGAACCGCAAAAUCUGCCACUCCCACCAACGGACGUUUCCGCGCCACCUCAAGGCCCCGUCGAGCUCCCACCACUUCACGCGCAUGCGGCGAACCAAAAGCCCCCUGUCCGCCCCAAUGUACCAACUACCAUGAUGCCCAACGCGGCUGUCGACCCUGCCACCUACCAUCAGAUGGCCGACGCUACGAAUACUUCUCUCCCCACCGGCAUAGCGGCCGCUGGUGCUGCGGCUGCAUGGCGAGCCCAGGAAAGCUUACACAGCCGACGAAGCGGCGACUACAAUGGAAACGGAGACCAUAGUCAGCCAUUGUAUUUGAAUUCUAACACCCGGCCACCGCCUUCGAACAACAAUUCGGGCAAUCGACUGUCAACGAUUCCUGCGUCACCCUAUGUUGAGCACUCGGAGUUCGUCCCGUCUCAGGCAACGUAUGAGCCUACAGCUCCGCCUGUCCCAGAGCAUACGGAGCUUCGGCAAGCAUCGCCGAAUCAAGAACUCCCGUAUCGUCCGCGCUCUGAGAGCGCAAGUGUUCAACGUAAGCCAGUACCAGGUCGGUCCCCCCUAGCCCUAUAUGAGGAUGACACCCACUCGACCAAAAGCUCAAGUCUCGACAGUAUACGAAACGAGGUAGUCGAUCCCGACGCUCUCGACGCUCUUGUCAGCAGUCCCGCGCUAGUGCGCCAGCACAGCACUUCUAGCAGCCGCUACGAUGAAGACGAUACCAUGGCUUCGUCGGAGCCUGACUAUGCCAGUGUGGCUAGUGAAGAGCCGCCGCCACCACCACGCAGGCUUCCGGAGAGGAGAGAAGACCGGCCAAGAAGUGGCGUUUUGAAGAUUAUUGGCGACCCGAACUAUAAGCCCAAGGCCGAAUUGGCAGCGGAUGGAACCUAUGUUACUAGUGGGGAUGGCGCCCCAGUACCGGUCGAUGUGCCCAAAUUCGACUUUGGUCCUACCUAUGCCCUAGGUUUCGAUGAGAAGCGGCCUGGUACCAGUGGUACAAUGACACAAAUGUUGCACGACGACAGUGCCAAUUCAAAGGAAAACCUGGCAACCACUCCGAACGAGCAGAGACGUCAAUCGUACAUUUCAGGGCGUAGUACGCCUAGUGGCGCGCUGCACAUGCGCAGUGGUUCGCAUUCGCCUCAGAUCAACGACUCGCGACAGGUACCAUGGCAGCCUGGCAUGGCAUCACCGCCACAGCCCGAUAGGGAGAGGCUGGAUCCCGAAGAUUGGGUGAUGCAUCGUGCCACGCAGCAACCACAGGCUCUCAUGUAUGCACACAGAAGGGCCAAGUCGCAUACUCCUCCUCCUUUUGGACGCUCGCACUCGGGAGACUGGAGUCAGUUCCGACACAGUCCGGACGGCGGCUCUCCAGGGCCCCGCCCUUUGAGUCGGCCUCUUAGCAGGCCCCAAUCUCGUGGCGCGGAAUUGCUUCUUGACCAGCGGUCGACCAACUUGACGGCGCGCGAGCAAGAACAAGUAGCGCGCAUGACUGGCACUCCCCUGUUGGAUCUGUCGCAAGAGCCUAAGAACUUGCAGAAGCCUGCUCCGACAGGACUGACUGGCUAUAUUGACUUUCGCGAGAGGGAGAAGGCAGCAGUGAAGGCGAAUCGCCAAGGCCACUCUUCCAGUAUGCAAGCAGAAAUUGAUAGGAGGACAUUGCAAGCCCAGCAUCGCCAGAUGAUGGAGACUCAACAACGUCAGCGUGCAUACAUGGAAGAGCAGCAGCAAGCCAUGCAGCAGCAAUACGCCAUGGCUCAGAGCAAUUAUGCACCUAGCGUCAUGGGCACACCAAGCGUCAUGGGCGCUCCCAGUGUCAUGGGUGCCCCCAGCGUCAUGGGCAUGCCCACGGGUCCAGGAACUCCCCAGGGGAUGGUGGGCAUGGCAUACACGACACCCAGCCCUUUGCUGUUCCAGCAACAACAAUACUUUCCCCAACAGGCUGCGACACCGCACAUGAGCAUCCCCGGUGCCUGGGUCUCGCCCAGCCCACAGACGGCUCAAGGACAGUACUUUACGCAUCCGGGUGCACAGCAGGGCAUGGGCAACAUGGGCUAUCAACAACAAAUACCGGUCACACAAGCUUAUGGAGCGAGUUUUGACCAGGCGCAGGCGGUGAAGAAUGCACAGCAGCAGCAGGGUCGGCGGUAG